AGAAAUUUUAGUUCAACGUUCGGUGUGAAUUAGAAGAAAUCAAAAUGUGGCUACAAACGGUGCUGACUUGUCUGCUUCUGGUUGCGAGCGCAAAGAGCUUUCCACAAUCGCGUGUCGUCAAUGGAACCGACUCCGAUAUAACCAAAUAUCCAUUUAUGGUAUCAUUGCGUGGAUCCACUGGUUCACAUUCUUGUGGGUCAAGUAUUAUAUCAUCACGUUAUAUACUAACUGCAGCGCAUUGUGUAGUGGGCAAGACAGCUGCAAGUAUUAGUAUACAAUAUUCUGUGACUGAUAUUAACAAAAGUGGACCUAAUAUUGCGUCUGUUAAAAGAAUCAUUGUCCACUCAGGUUACAAUCCAGCUGCCAAUUAUGCACAUGAUAUUGCCUUACUUGAGUUAUAUGGUGAACUUUCUUUUAACUACAGAACAUUGGCACCAGUUACUUUACCAGAAGCUGGUUUCGAAAUUCCACAAGUUCCAGAGGGUGCACCCGGAGUUUUGACUGGUUGGGGUUUGAAUGCUACUGGUGGAGUUGUGCAAAAUCACUUACAAGAGGUGAACUUAAAGAUUUACUCGGACGAUGAAUGUGCCACUCGUCAUAAUUUUAAAACAAAUGAAAAUCAGAUUUGUGGUGGAGUAGAUGAAGGUGGCAAGGGACAAUGCAGUGGUGAUUCUGGUGGUCCUUUGUUGUUGGAUGGCCAAGUACAAUUGGGUAUUGUUUCGUGGAGUAUUAAGCCUUGUACAGUUGCCCCUUACCCUGGAGUCUACACAAAAGUUUCACAUUACAUCGAUUGGAUUGAGGCAAAUAUGGAUUGAGUGUUUUUCUAUGAAAUUCAAUAUUGAUAUCUUGUGAAGAAAUUAUUUGCUUGAUCUAUAAAUCAAAUAAAAAUAAAUACUGAAAAUGC